AAUCGUUCACUCCGACGGACAGUGCACGGCGGACAGUAUCAUCAAGCGGAGUGGGAAUCGCUCCUCCGAAUCCGCAUCCGCAUCCGAGUCCGAGUCCUCGCGCGCUUCUUAUCAGGCGGCAGAGUCAGUGAAAGUGGAGAAAGGUUAUCGCGAGAGUGAAACCGAAACCGAAAACGAAAACGAAACUCAGACAGGAGAGAAAGUAUAACAAAAACAGCGAAAUAAAUCACAAGUUGCGAAUAAACAAAAGCCAAGGGAAUCGCUGAAAUAAAACAAAAUAAGAAUACAAAUCAAAAUAAGAAUAAAAAGAGAAGAAUCCCGCGCCUCAAACAAAUUUGUGAUAUGCGUCUGAACACAUUCGUUGUGAAAGUGAAUUAAAUACGCCGGCAAAGCGUUUCAAUCAAGCGGAAACCGAAAAGGAAAAUCACACAACAAAAAUGUAUGGCUUCGUUAACUACGCCCUGGAGCUGCUGGUGCUCAAGCAUUUUGGCGACGAAAUAUGGGAGAAGAUCAAAAAAAAGGCCAUGGUCAGCAUGGAGGGACAGUUUCUGGUGCGACAAAUUUACGACGAUGAAAUAACAUACAAUCUAAUUGGAGCAGCUGUCGAGAUACUCAAUAUACCCGCAGACGACAUCCUGGAGCUGUUCGGCAAGACCUUCUUCGAGUUCUGCCAGGACUCGGGCUACGAUAAGAUCCUUCAAGUGCUGGGAGCCACGCCAAGGGAUUUCCUACAGAACCUGGAUGCCCUGCAUGACCACUUGGGCACCUUAUAUCCUGGAAUGCGGGCUCCUUCCUUCCGGUGUACGGAGAAGGAUGGCGAACUCCUGCUGCAUUACUACUCGGAACGGCCUGGCCUCGAGCACAUCGUCAUCGGCAUCGUCAAGGCCGUUGCAUCCAAGCUGCAUGGCGUCGAGGUGGAAAUCGACAUUGUGAAGCGCAAGGGCGAGCCCAUCGACGAGGCCGAGAAGGAAAGGGCCAUCGCCCGGGAGCAGCAGCAAUUGGAGGCUGAUGCAACGGCGAUGGCGACGGGCCUGGGCACAGGAGCUGCCACGGUUGUCCUGGCACCUUCUUCGCAGGAUGCCGAGCGAAACAAUAAUCACAACGGCAGCAACAAUAAUGGCCUGGCCAACAACGGCAGCGUCAACGUGAACAACAACAACGAUGGCCAGCAGAUAGCCAGCGAGACAGAACCACCCAUAGCUCUGAACACCUGCCCGAUGGCCCAGGAUAGCUUUGACUGCGAUCCGGACAAGGAGCAGAAGUGCCUGCGCCUCCUAAAAAACAAGAGUGACGACAUCGAGCGCUACGAUCAUGUCCAGUUCCUGAUAAGGGAGAUCAAUGUGGCGGCCAAGUCGCAGGUGGACGCCAAGAAGGACGAGGUGCCCGAUGAUAUGGAGUUCCUCUGCGAAGCACCGCUCAUUUCGCCCGCCACAUUCUGCAAGGUGUUUCCCUUUCACCUGAUGUUCGAUAGACAAAUGAAAAUCGUUCAGGCCGGCAAGGCCGUAUCCCGAGUGAUUCCCAGAGUGGCCGAGGAGAACUGCUCACUGAUAGAGGUCGUGGAGGCCAUCCGGCCGCACCUGCAACUGAACUUUGAGAACAUUCUGUCCCACAUAAACACCAUAUAUGUGCUCCAGACACGUCAGGGGGCCAUGAGCAGCCGACACGAGCAGCGCUUUCUGAGACUGAAGGGACAAAUGAUGUACAUUCCGGAAACGGAUCGCAUACUGUUUCAGUGCUAUCCGAGUGUCAUGAAUCUGGACGAUCUGACCAAGAAGGGACUCUACAUCUCGGAUGUGCCACUGCAUGACGCCGCCAGGGAUCUGGUGCUGCUCUCCGAGAAGUUUGAGGCGGAGUACAAGCUCACCAAGAACCUGGAGAUGCUGACGGACAAGCUGCAGCAGACGUUCCGCGAUCUGGAGAGCGAGAAGCAGAAGACCGACAGGCUGCUCUAUUCGGUGCUGCCAAAGUCGGUGGCCAAUGAGUUACGACAUCAGCGUCCAGUGCCGCCAAAACGCUACGACUCCGUGACGCUGAUGUUCUCCGGCAUCGUGGGCUUUGGCCAAUACUGUGCGGCCAACACGGAUCCCGAUGGGGCCAUGAAAAUCGUGAAAAUGCUCAACGAGCUCUACACGGUCUUCGACGCUCUAACCGACUCCAAGCGUAACCUGAACGUGUACAAGGUGGAAACCGUUGGCGAUAAGUACAUGGCCGUAUCCGGGCUGCCUGACCACUGCGAGGAUCACGCCAAGUGCAUGGCGCGUGUGGCCCUGGACAUGAUGGACAUGGCCAAGAACGUUAAAAUGGGCUCAAAUCCGGUGCAAAUCACCAUAGGCAUCCACUCUGGCGAGGUGGUCACGGGCGUGAUUGGUAACCGCGUGCCGCGCUACUGUCUCUUCGGAAAUACGGUCAACCUCACCAGCCGGACGGAGACCACGGGCGUGCCUGGUCGCAUCAAUGUCAGCGAGGAGACCUAUCGGCUCCUCUGCCUGGCGAUCAAUCAGGAUGAUUCAUUCAACUUGGAGUACCGCGGCCCGGUCAUCAUGAAGGGCAAGCCGACGCCCAUGGACUGCUGGUUCCUGACACGCGCCACCAGCAGUGCUGCGGCCGUAGUGGGUACACUUCCUCCGGGAGCGGGUGGCAGUGGGAAUGGCAGCCUCGACUCGCCGCUACUGCAGCCGACUACGCCGACAGCAGCAGGAGGUCCUCCACCACCAGGACACCGGACAGGACAUGCCAGCGUGUCACGUACCUCGUCCGCCGGCGCAGGACCAGGCACUGCAGCUGCAACUGGAGGCACAUAGGAGAUGUGCAGGGAUUCGUCUUGCUGCUGCUGAAACAUCCUGUAAAGUUGAAACUGCGUGCGUGACUCCUGCGUCUGUCCGAUGUCCAAUGUACGGGUCUGCUGGUCCUUGGACCACUUAACCACUUCAUUUCUAUGCCUUUGUGUUUGUGUUGUCCUGCAUCCUGCAGCAUCCCAAGUCUCCUCGUGUGCGUCUCGUCUCUCGUCUCUCUCUCUGUCUGCCAGUGUGUGGCAUUGUCUGAUUGCUGCUGCCGGCACGUUGCGGUCUUAAGGGAAAGGAGAAGGAGGAGGAGCAGGAGCCAGAGGAGCCCGGGAUCGUCGCAUCCUCGUGCAAGCCUGUGGAUUAUCCUGUAAAAAUGUUUAAACUAUCUAAGUGUGUUUGCGAUAUCCUUGUAGAUGUGUGUGCGUACUAUUGUGUAAAGAAUGAGCGUGUAAUUUGUUAAUAUGUAUUUAUUAUGAUCCUACUUUGUGAUGGUUUCUUAGGCUGAACUUUUUCGUGUAACUAAAUCUAAUCGAGAGAGGCAAAGGCACUCACUUGAACUGUAAAAAAAAAAUCGACGAGCAAAACAAUGUAAGGCAAAUAUUCUAACUAAACCACUCUCAACUUUUGGGACAACUUAAUUAAGCCGUAAACGUAAAUUAGCAUAACCACAAGGCACCAAAGGAUAAACCAAACCAAAAAGAACGUAAAAUAAACACAGAUAUAUAAUGUAUACAUCUAGAUGUUAUUGGGUUCGUCAACUUCUAUACAGGGCUAUCGACCAGUAAAUAAACCAAUGACAAAAUUGUUAGCAAACCCAAAACUGCACCAAAGUAAACCCGAUAUACAAAUGUACAACCGAAAGUCACACACAACCAAAAUACAAGUAUUUACAUGGAUAUAUAUAUGUUCUACAGUCCAAGGCAUCCAGAAUAUAGUACUAUAGGCUAAGCAAUCGUAUAUAAAUGCAUAUAUAUAUUGAAGAACUCUCCAGGCAUCGUUCAAGUUUCCAUUGAUCUAUGGGCAUCGUUACGAAGGACAAAUCUCUACUUUACUCUAACUGAAAAAUAGCUUUAUAGUUCUUAAGCCAUCACACCGGAGGUCUCUCUCCGAAAUCAUGGACUUUGGUUAAGUACAUACCUAUAUAAAUAUAGAUAUAUCCAUAGCAAUAUCAAUGUGCACAGAUGCAAAUACUCUAAAAACGUAAAUACAAUUAAUUCAUAAAGUGUAUCCAACUGUUCAGCUGAAUGUUCUUCUAAGGCAAGCGUAGCUUAAGACUCGAUUUGUUUUCCGUUGGUCUAAAGUGGUGUUGAGUGUUAAAUCUAAGUUAAUUACUUGUACUGUAAGACAUGUUAAGUGCUAAGCUAACUAAGCCCCCAUCUGAGCCCACUCUCUGCCCCUCCUGUCCGUCUUCAUCGGUACACGAAAUGGAGUAUAUAAAUGUUAAAUAUGUUAAAGUGAAUCAAUAUGUAACUGUAACCCAAGAGUAAAAUGCAAGAUAAACAUAUGCAGAAGCAAAUAAAAAUAUUUCA